GAGAUGGUUAAACUUUACUACUUGUACCUGGCUAUUCAUCAAACUAUUUCAAUACAAUGGAAUUCAGCGCGUUGAGAAUUUAGAGCAAACUGGUAAGGGUAGCGCCCGGAAGCGCUGUUAAUGCUCUAAAUUAUAUCCUUAGGCUAUAAUGUCAGGAGGUGCGGGCGACGGAGGAGGCCCCACGGCCAGGCACGUCGCCUACGUGGGGCAUCCCGAGGCGGAUGGCUAUGCCAAGCAUUUGCUUACGCUGCUCGCGCAGCGGCGCGAGCUGCAGACCGACGACGUACGUCGCGUGCUGACUGACGCUUCCGUCUACGCGGCAGCUGCCAGUCCCUCGACCCCAGCUCAAUCUGAUCCGGCGGCAUCCGGCGGCGCCCUAGACGGCGGCGCCCCGGCACCGCUGCUGCCGGCGUCAAUCUUCAGCGGCACGGUCACCGCAGCCAGCAUUGAUAAGGAACGGCGGGAGCUGCAGUCGGAGCUGAGUAUGGGGCUGGAGUGGCGGCCGCAGCCCUCGGUGGCUGAGGCGUGCCGGGCGGCGGUGGAGGGCGCGGGCAAGCCCAUGGCGGGCCUGCCCGACGCUACCGCGCUGACGUGGCACUUCCGCGCGCGCCGCGCCGAGCUGGCAGUGGAGCAGCGGCAGCUGCUGAAGCACGUGGCGGCGCUGAGGCGGCAGCACCUCAGCCACGUCGUCAUGGGCCGCGGGGGCGGCGGAGCCGGCGGCGGCACUGGGGCCGCCCUCAGCGGCUGGGGUGCUGGUGGGGCCGGUGCAGGGGGAGGCGGCGGCAAGAGGUUGCCGGUCGAGGUGACGCGGGGCUCGGCGGCAGCGCAGCAGGGCUGGACGCAGCAGCUGGACCACGCCGGCUCCGCCUACCAGGGCGAGCUGAGGCCCUGUGUGUGCGAGCGUGAGCUGGCGGCGGCGGGGCAGUGCCUGCAGGCCAUGCAGCGCUCGGACGCGGACAUAGCGGCCCGCCUGGGCCGCCUCACAUCACUGAGGGCCGCGGACGACAGCGACUGGUGGGCUGCGCUGCACUGGGCUGCCAUGCGGCUGCCUGCGGGCCGUGCGGCGGAGCGCUUCUUCGACCGCAUCCGCCUGCUGCCGCUCAGCCACCACCACCGCUUCCCCAUAUACGAGCAGGUGGCAGGCGCCGCGCUGCGCCGUGACCAGCACGCGGCGGGCGUGGGCCUGAGGCUGCCGCCGCGUGUGGUGACCAGCGGCCCCGAGUCGGAGGCGGCGCUGGAGGCGCUCAUGGGCGGGCUGGACCUCGACGAGCUACUGCCGCAGGGCUCCAGCAGCUCUGCCGAGUCCAUGCCCAUGACCCUGGCCACCGACAACUCCGCCCGACACCACAAGGCAGCCUACGACGCACGCCGUAUGCUGCCAAAGCUCAUGGCCCGACACCGCCGCCGCUGGCCCGGAGCCAGCCUGAGCGGUGCCGCAGAAGGCCAGCCUGCGGAUGCAGCGGCGGCGGCGGCGGCGGCGGCGGCGGCGGCGGGGCCGGCGGGGCUGCAGGCGCAGGGGUCCGCGGGAGCGGAGGGUGCGGCCGGGGCCAGCGGAGGGGAGGCGGCGGCGGCGGCGCUGUUGGCUGAUGAUAGCGAGCUGGACCCAUAUGCGGACGACCCCACCUGCUCUGUGCGGGACCAGGUGCGCCUGGUCCGCGUGCUGGAGGAGGAGCUGGGCGCUCUGACGCCCUCGCUGGAGGGAGACGAAUCGGCGGGCUGGGCGGCUGUGCUCAGGACCCUGCCGCUGCAGGUGGAUGAGGCGCUCAAGGCCGAGAACGCCUUCCUGGAAGAAGCCGACGAGCGAGCCGCCUACGACCGCCUGCGCAGCCUGGCGGAGGCACACGUGGACCGCUGGUCGCAGCAGCCCCCGCACGACAGCUCAGCCAGCGGCGGCGCAGCCGCCGAGGACGGCGGCGGCGCAGCCGCCGCGGCGGCGGCGGCUGCCGCCGCAGGCGGGAAGGGGGGUGCGGGGGGUGCGGGGGGUGCGGGGGUUGCGCGUAUGGCGUUGUCUCUUGCGAACCAGGCGCGGGCGAGUCAUGGGCUGCAGGACAAGACCAUGGAGGCGCUGUACAUCGCCAGGUACCUGGUCAGCAGGCGGAACAAGCUGAGGGUACUGCACUACCUCAAUGCCAUGGUGUCGCUGCAGCUGCAACUGCUGCGAGACGAGACCGCGGAGGAGGGCCUGGCGCUGCGCUUCCCGCCCACCACCACCGGCGCCAAAGACUUCACCUGCCCAUUCGUGUUCGCCAACGGCGCAGCCGGCACCGUCGCCGGCGCCCCCGGCGCGCCUGACUGCCCGACGGCGGCGCCAGCCGCCGGCGUAGCCGGCGCAGCCGCUGACGCGGCGGUUGGUGCGGAGUUGGUUGAUGAGAUGGAUUGUUGGGUGGAGGACGUGGAGGCGGGUGUGGCGGUGCGGGCGGGGCCGGACGGGCGGUGGCUGCUGCACGGGGCGGCGGUGGGGCGGUUCCGGGCGCUGGAGGCGGAGCUGCUGCGGGUGGCCACAUACCACCUGGAGGCGUACGCGGCGCAGGCCCACUCGGCGGCGGUGACGGGCACGGCACAGGGCGCCGCCGCCACCGCCGCGGCCGCCGCCGCCGCCGCCGGCGACCCGCUGGCUGCCGUGGACCGACUGGGCGUGGUGGCAGACCUGUGGGAGUGCGAGGCGCAGUUCGCAGCGGCACGGCACAAGGCACUGCUCGCGUACUUCCAGGCCUACCGCCACGCCUCCGGCUGGGGCCUAGCUGACAUUUGGGGCGGCUGCAAUGCCGACAUGGCGGCGGGCGCGGGCGCGGGCGGCGGCGGCGGCGGCGGCGGCGGCGCGGAGGGCGGCGGCGGCACGAGCUGGGCGCGUGCGUCCGCCAACUCGCCGCAGCCGCAGCUGCUGGGUGCGCGGCGGCAGCUCCGGAGGGAGAUGAUCGACUUGUGCUUCAGGCGGCCGGCUCUGGCCCUAGAGGACGGGUACUUCGCUGAGCGCUACCUGGCUGACACUCUGGGUCUGGAGCUGGAAGCCACACUGGCGGGGCAGCUGACGAACCUGGUGGCGAGACACGAGCGGCAGGCCCUGGCGGCGGCGCACACCUCCGCGGCGGCGGCAGCCAGCGCGGCGGCGCUGCUGGCGGCACGCGUCAGUGGCGGCGGCGGCGGCGGCGGCGGCGGGGGUUCUAGUGGCAUGGCUGGCGGCUGGGCUGGGGCGGGGGUGGGAGGAGGAGCAGGAGGCUUGCUGGGUGAGGUGGAGUCGGUUUGGAAGCCUGGCUACAACCCCGGCAUUGUGUACGGCAGCAUCAUCAUGGUGGGCUCGCGCGGGCUGAUGCAGGAGGGCGCCGCGCUGGGCGCCGUGGGCGCCGCCGCCGCCGGCCUGCCCGCCGCCCUGCGCGCCGCCGCCGCCGCGCUGUCCGACCUGCACCAGCUGCGGCACCAUGUGGAGCUGGCGGACCUGCGGCGGGCCGUACUGCAGUACGGCGUCACGGAGAUGGGGCUGCUGCUGCGGGAGGAGGCGCACCGCGCCCAGGCCGUCGUGGAGCGGCAGCCCAAGGACUCCAUGUACGACGGCGCCCGCGGCAAGCGCGACCUGCACCCCGACGCCCCCCUACUGCGGGGCAACUGGCUGUGCGCGUCGCACGUGGCCGACAAUGCAGAGGUCCUGCGCGCCACGGCCCUGGAGGAGGGCACUCCGCCCCGCGCCGCCCUGGAGGUGUUCCUGAACAAGGAGGCCCUCAUCCGCCACCUCUACCGCGGCGAGCUGCUGUGGCUGGUGGGGGUGGUGCAGGCGCGCGCGCUGGGCCGCCGGGUGGCGCAUCCGGAGCUGUUCGGCAUCGACUGGGGGCAGAUAGACGCGCAGGGCAACGCGCUCAAGGCCGAGCUGCUGAGCGAGGUGGUGCAGAUGUGUGAGCCGUCGGAAAUGGAUCCGCCGGGCGUGGCCGGCCCCGGCGGCAACCCGGAGGUCGCGGCGGGGGCGGUGGCACCCAAGGUGCGACGCGGCGGAGGCGGUGGCGGCGGAGGCGGCCGCAAGGGCGGCGGAGGCGGCGGCCAUGGCGGCCGGCGCGGUGGCGGUCCGACCCAGGAUGACGAGGACGAGGAUGAAGAGGAGGCGGAGGAAGAGGAGGAGGAGGAAGAGGAGGAGGAGGCCGAGGCGCAGGAUGAGUCGUCGCUGGCUGUUGGUGCGGGCGCAAACAAGAUCCUGAUGCUGGCUGUGGGCACGGGCGGCGCGCUGGGCGGCGUGUGGCGCUGCCCCCCUCUGGCGCUGGCCGAAUUCUCCACCGCCCCCGCCGAGCUGCUGAACGCACACUCGCUGGGCGGGCUGCGUGCCAUGCUGCGCCGCGGCGACGCCGCCCACGCCUGCCUGCCGGCGGCGGUGCGGGCGCAGGCGCUGCGGGCGGUGGUGCUAGAGGUGUCCAUUCGGCACAACCAGGUGCUCCUGGACGGCAUCAUCCGCAAACUGGACCGGCGGCGGCGAGUGCUCAUGUGGCGCAUGGCGGCCAUGGAGGGAGUGGCGGACGACAAGGCCAUGGACGUGGUGGUGGGCGGCCCGCCAGGCGCCUACGCCCCCGCGCUGCACCCGCUCAACCCGCCCGAGCGGCCGCCGGGGGCCCACCCGGACGACGGCCGCCGCGAGCCGCCGCCGCCGCUGAUGCGCGAGCCGCCCGGAGAGAAGCUGGACGAGUACCAGAAGCAGAGGCGCAGCAGCGGCGCCAGUGCCUCCUCCCGCCGCGCCGGCUCGCAGCGUGGUCCGGCCGGUGCCGCGGCGCGGGCGGGCCUAGACGAGCGGUCUCUGGAGGACCUGCGGCAGCGGCGGCGUGCGCUGACGGCGGCGGCGGGGGCGCUGUACCUGGACGUGAACGAGAUAAAGCUGCGGCUGCGGGUGCAGGCGCGGCGCACCUACGUGCAGGGCCUGGUACGUGCCAAGGGCGGCGGUGGCGGCGGUGGCCCCCUGGGUCCCGAGGUGGAGGCGGCUGUGCGCGCCGACACCGAGUCCGCCUACGCCGCCGCCUUCCUCGGGGAGCUGCUGCCGGCGGCGGCUCGCACGCAGCUGGCGGCGGCGGUGCGCGAGCUGGCGGUGCUGGUGCUGGGCGGCACAGGCGGCUACGGUGCGGACUGGGGUAUCCGGUACGACGCCGACGGGCAGUUGCUGACGCCGCGCGAGGACCGCGGGCCGCUGUUCCAGGGGCCGGAGGGGCAGGCGGCGCUGAGGGCGGCGGUGCUGGAGUACGCACCCCUGUGGCAGAACAUCAUGUUUCAGCUGGCCGACAAGCCGGGAGACCCCGACCCCAUGGACUGGGCCCCGGCCGCGCCCGCGGUGGGGCCGCCGCCAGCCAUUGGCUUCGUGCAGCUGCCGCCGCCGCCACCCGCCGCCGCCGCCGCCGCCGGUACCGGUGCCGGUACCAGCAAGCAGGCCAACGCCGCCGCCGCCGCGACCGCGGCGGCCGCCGCCACCAACGCUGCGGGCGCCGUUGUACGGCUGGAGUCUCUGUGGGGGCUGCCGGGGCAGUGGGACGUCCUGCACGGGGCCUCGCUGUACUACCCGCCCGGCCCCGGCGGCCUGGCGGCGGUGGAGAAGGGCGUGGCAGUGGCGGGACUCGUGAACGAGGUGGUCAGGCACUUCAUCUUCACGGCUGGGCUGCUGGCGCCCUCGGCGUUGCUGGCGGCGGGCGGCGACGUGAGCGGCCAGACGUCGGGUCUGGCGCCGCUGACACGCACCGGCGUGCCGCCCGCCGCCGCCGUCAGCUACAACCCCGCCGGCCCCACACGCACCCAGCUGUACCAGCAGUCAGAGGUGCGCAUGCUGGCCGCCGGCUGCUCCUUCCUGCCCGGCGCGCUGCUGGCGGCGGACCUGGUGAAGCUGCAGGCGCGGCUGCAGUACCUGCACAGGCCGGCGGUGGGGGCAGGGGCCAAGCCGCCCCCAGGUGCAGCCUCGCCGGCGCCUCAGCCCACCCAGCCGGCUGACGAGGUCAUCGGCGCCCUGCGGCGCGAGCUGGCGGUGGCGGCGACCUGCCGCAUCCUGGCGGUGGCGAGGGCGCGGGACAACUUGCUGGCGGCGGGGCCCGGCAAGAAACAGUCGUGGUACCUGGCAGGGGCGCUGGAGCACAGCCUGGCCCGCAGCGCCGCUGCCGUGGCCACGCCCGCGGAGGACGCCGCCCGCGGCGCGCCCGCGCCGCCGCCCUCCGCGCUGCCGGCCUUCCCCGCCGCCUUCGCGCUGCGCCUGCCCGACGCCGACCGACUGGCUGUGCACAACGAGGCGGCGCGGCUGGCGUUGGCGCAGGAGCGCUGCCUGGCGGAGUGCCGGGUGCCGGCGGCCACGGCGCCGCACGACGUGAUGGCGCUGUCCGAGUACUUUGUGGCGGGGAUGUGGGUGCACGACAGGCUGCGCGACGCACUGGCCUGGCGCUCGCUGCUGAUGGAGUCGCCCGAGGCCUUCCCCUUCGCGCCGCCGCAUGUGUGCGUCUUCCUUCGCCGCUACCACUCGCCGGCGCCGCCGCUGCUGUGCAGCCUGGCGCCGCCGCCUGCCGCGGUGGCGGCGCUGCAGACAGCCUACGCCGCAAAGGUCACGGCGCAGGCCAAGUCUCUGGUGGCGGCGGCGGAGCGCCAACUCGCCGCCAAGGCCGCCGCGCGCGCCGGCAGCCACGACGACGACGCCGGCGGCGGCGGCGGCGCCGGUCGCGACGCGGGUCAGGAGGGCAAGCCGCACUGGCUGGCUGCCAGCCCCGUGUGGCUGUGCGGCGAGGCGCGGCAGCUGGAGGGCUGUGUGGCGGUGUGCAAGCAACAGCUGGACCUGCAGGCGGUGCAGGUGGCGCUGUUGCGGCUGCACCAGGACUGCACGCAGCUAGCGGGUCUGCGCGCGGUCGCAGCCGCCGCCUCCGCCAGUGUCAGUGGCGAGGCCGGCGGCGGCUUGCUGCACCCGCACGCACUGCCGGCGGCGGCACUGGGCGGCCUGGCCCGCAAGCUGAUGGCGCGGCAGCGGCGCGGCGGCCCCACCGGCAAUGAUGCCGUCGUGGAGCUCAGCAUGGACGAGCUCACACGCUGGCUGAGUGAGGCCGCGACCACCCUCACCGCCUCUGCGCGUGCGGGUGCGGCGGCGGCCGCGGCGGCGGCGGCGCGGGAGCGGGCGGCCAUGGGCCGGGUGGCUGACGAGCUGACGGGGGCGGUGGCGGGGCUGGCGUACGACAAUGACACGUUCAUGCGCCGACACGCCAUCAAGGUGGAAACCCAGGUGGUUGACCGGGCCAUGUCGCUGCUGCUGGAGCUGAGCCAGGCGCGGCGCCAGGCGCUGAGGGCGGGGGAGGACUCGCGCGGCGCCAUGGAGGCGGCGUUCGUGGCGGCGCAGAAGCAGUACGCGGCGCACAUUGACGACCUGAACAACCAGCUCAUUGUGGCGAGGACCAACUCGUCCAUCAUGCGCAGUGAGCUCCAGAAGGCAGCCCUGGAGGCGCUCAUCGAGGUCCGGCGUGAGACGCUCAAUCGGGCGUUUAACAAUGGAAGCAUGAAGAUGACGGAUGAGGUGGGGCGCAUGCUGGCGCUGGAGCGUCAGCUGGAGGAGUCCCAGACUGAGAUCCUGGACCUCCAACGCGCCAUCAGCAAGGUGCAGGCCUGGUUCAAAAUGAGGUCCGCGGCCUUCCUCACCGCCUGUCUCACAGAGGUAGCUGCCGCCCGCGGUCGGGCCGAGGGUCUGGAGGCGGAGCUGUGGGAGGCGCGGGAGCGGAGCGAGCUGGCUCUGGAGCAGCUGGGCACACAGCUCAAGGCAACACAGGCUGACCUGGAGGCCGUGUCGGCUGGCGCCGCCCGCAAUGCCUCCGACCUGCGCCACGCGCUGGCCUCCAACAAGAAGCUGCUCAAGUGGAAGGUGACAACGGCGCCGCGCAUUGAGGCGCUCAAGAUGAGGAUGGCAGACAUGACCAAGCACCGCGAGGCCUGGCUGGAGUGGGUCAACAGCAAGCAGGGGCUCAUGGCGCACCUGGGCACACAGGUCAUGGCAGUGCACCGCGACAAGCAGCAGCUGCAGCAGCAGAUGCAGCAGGGCGACGCGGCAGGCGGGCGAGGCGGCCGGGGCGGGCGCAGCGGCUCUGCAGGCGGCGGCGGUGGCGCCGGCGGCGGCGGCCUGGCCAGUGAUGCGGAGCUAGAGGCUAUCCGGGAGCAGUGGGAGAUGGAGCGGCGCCAGAUGCAGCAUGAGAUUUCGCACCUCAAGUCGCUGCUGGCUAACGAGCGGCUGGUGAAGAACGACGUCUUUGAGCGCCUUCUAAAGCUGGAGCAGCAAUACAUGGCACUGGCGCAGUCGCCGGCGGGGCAGGCGGUGCUCAUGGGCGGUGGCGGCGGCGGUGGUGGCGGCGGUGGCGGCGCGGGGGCAGGAGGAGGCGGUGGCGGCGCGAGUAUGAUGUACGGGCGCUCGGCGUUGAGCCCGGUGCAGGCAGACAUUCUGUCGCGCAGGUACGAGGAGCUGCGCUCCAGCCAUGACUCGGUGCGGCAGGAGAACGAGGCGCUCCGCCGCACCCUGGCCGCGCUGCGCUCCGUGGCGCCCGACCUGGUGCACAGCCUGGAGUUCCCACUCAUGCUGCAGUCCGUCACAGCCACACACGGCCCAGGCGCCGGCGGCGCCGUCGCGCCGGGCGCCGGCGGCGUGACGGUGCCGCAAGGCGCCGCCGCGGUGGGCGGGCUGCGUGGCGGGCAGGCGCCGGCGGCGACGGGGCAUGCGCCGGCGGCGGUCCCUACGCAUGCGAGCAUGGCGGCGGCGGCGGCGGCUGGGAUGGGUGGGAGCUCGCCAAGCCUGAUUAGGCCGGGUACGGCGGGGCGGCUGCGGCCGCAGGCGAUGAUGAUGGUAGCGCCGUCGGGUGGAGCUGCAGGCGCUGCUGGGAUGCAACAGCAGCCGCAGCAGCAGCAGGGCGCGGCCGGCGUGGACAUGGACGGCAGCGGUGUGGGGCUGGGCGUUGGGGCGGCGCCCAGCCCAGCCCGGCGGGGUGUGGGUGCCUCCGGUGCGCGCCCUCCCUCUGCAGCUACCUACGCUGCACGUGGGGGCGUGGGUCCCCAGUCUGCCGCCGCCGCCGGUUUGGGCUCCCCAGUAGUGACUGCAGCCGCGAGUGGCGGCCGCUCCCCUGUGGUUCGGACAAGCGGUGCGGGAGGCAGCGUCUACAGCCACAGCUUGGGCGCGGGUGUGGGUGUGGGGUUGCCGGAUGCGGGCGUGCAAGGUGAAGGCAUUCUGGAGACGGGCUCGAUGCCGACGUCGCCGACGGGGUCGCUGGGCAUCACAGGGUCGCCGCGCGGCGAUGCCUCACAAUACCAGCACCAGCAGCAGCAGCGUCGGCCGGUGAUGCUGGUGGGGCCUGCGCCGGGGCCGGCGGGAUUGGAGGUGAGCGUGACUAAGCUGGUGGGCACGCCGUCACGGCCGGGCAGUGCGGUGCCUGGAGCCGGCCGCAGGGGCUGAGUUGGUCGCCUGCCUUUGGAGCCGGGGAGGCGUGUUCCAGAGGUUGUCGAUGAAUGUGUUAUCACAGCUGGGGUUGAGAGAAGCUGCUUGAGCAACGUGGCGUCAGGGCUGUGCCCAUAUUCUGGCACACACUGUAACCUGUCACACGG